GACGUCAGGAUGUCACCAUCAGCGGAAGAAUUUGAAGGACCAUGAAGGUGCAAAGACAAUUUCCAAAUAAAUGGAUAAAUAGGGCAGCUGUGGAUGCAGAUAAAGGUACAACGCAAGUCCCAUCAUUGUGAUUUACAGUCCGGUUGGCGUUGUCGGUGGCAAAUUAAUAACCGGUCGUAAAGAAGAAGGAGGAGAAGGAAAGGCUCUGAUAAAGGAAGGAAGACAAAAGAGGGAGUGUGUAAAAAAAGGGGGAGAGUGGAUAAACCCUGAGCUGAGAUCAUGAGCUCUCCACUGCCGUACGACUCGCUGUUGGCCCGGCCAAGUCCCAGCAGAAGAGCUUUGGACUGGGAACGGGAGCAGCUAGCUGUCAGACGACUUUCUUCCCCACUUGGUGUAAACCUGCUCACUCCUCCUCCACUACCUCGACGACCUUCUGCCAUCCCAGGUUAUCUGCUGCCUCCCUACCAAGACCAAGAAGAGCAGCUUCACCAGCAGCAUCAGCGUCUGUCCUUGUCCGUUUGCUCAGAAGCAUCCCUGGCACCUCCUGCUCCAGUCCUGGUAGGUGCUGCCCCACCUUGCUGUCACCCAGUGGGAGCCAUGCACUUUCUUCGUCUGGGUCUCCUGGUUUUUAGCUGUCUCUUCUGGGCAGCUGGAUUGGCCAUAUUCACCCUGGGUGUAUGGGCACAGAUCUCUUUGGCGGACUACAUGACACUGUCAGCCAAUCGGUACCCCAAUGCCCCACUUAUCCUUCUGUCUACAGGUGCUGCUGUAACUGCUUGGGGUUUCCUGGGUUGCCUUGGGGUGGCUGCAAACAUGCCCUGUGUCCUGAAGGCCUACGGGUUGUUUCAACUUGCUACUCUAGUUGCUGGUUUGGCAGCUGGACUUUCAGGGCUCUUCUACCGUGAAGACAUAGCCGGAGGAUUUCGCAGUGGCUUGCAGCGAGCUGUUGCAGGCUACACAGAGGAUGAAGGCCGUGCCGAUGCACUAGAUAGCCUGCAGAGGGCCUUGGAGUGUUGUGGUGCUGAAGGUUGGCGUGACUGGCUCAAUUCUGACUGGGCUAUUCAGCACAUGACUUUCCUUCCCGCUGAGAAUGGCACCUCUGUCUCCCUUCCAGACAGCUGCUGCAUGAGGCGAAAAGGUUGCGGGAAUCGUCCACUCCUAUCAGAUGACAAUGAAGGAGUCGCUGCUGCAGGAAUCCACCCACAUGGCUGCUUCAGUAAAGUCUUUAGUUUGGUCAAUGACAACGUCUUCCACAUUGCUGCCACCGUGCUGGGUCUGGCCUUCACGCAAAUCGGAGGUAUUACCAUGGCUUGUCUUCUGGCCAAUAAAUUGUCACCCAGACAGCAUGGGCGGGUAGUGGCACACUAAUGGUCUGUCUAAAGAUUUGACCGACCUAUUGACAAAAAAGUUCUGAAUCAGCGAUGAGAUUGUGGAGUAAGGGAGUUGCUAGAAUUGGAGGUUUGUUCUUCUAGAAGAAAGAGUCAAGUUGAUAUUUUACAAUUCUUUAAAGCUCAUAGGCGAAAAUAUGUCUUUUUGACAUGAACACAAUUGCUGUCAAUCUUUGUAUAAGGGAUACAAGUAGAGAGAACUGUUUUUAUCAAUCUUCUGCAUUUGGCCCAUUUGAGUUAAGUAUUAGCAGAUUCAACAGCCUCGUGUGUUUGGGAACAGACAUUGUUGGGUGUAAGCACUAGUCCUAGCUCAUCCUUUUCUCCGUAAACACAUUUUUUUAUCCAUGAUGUUUACAAAGUAUGGGUCCACAGCAAUAGGUAACAGAUACUGAACUAAAAACCUUUAAAUGAAGAUAUGAAAUUUUUAAUAAUCCAGAUUAUUUCUUUUGCAGCUGUAUUAUGUCAGUCUGAAAUAAACUUCUCUAGGUUUCUACAUAGGUUUCACGCAAAAACAUUUUUUGCUGGGGUUUUAGUCCUUCAUGUUAAUUUUUAAAUAUUAAAUACUAAAACAUUUAUGGCAGAUGUUUAGACAGUAGGCAGACAUUAAAUAAGGAACCUGGAUAUACCAGACAGUGAUAGAUGGAAAGGAUGGACACAAAGAGGGAAGGACACAAAAAAAUUUAAGUUGGACCCAUGAAAUGAAAGACGAGAUGCAGAAAAAGGAAGGAAAGAGGACAGAAAGGGAGCAAGGAAGGAUGGGAGUUUGGAUACAAGGAAAGAAAGAAGGAAUUAAAGGACACAAGUGAGGAAGGGAGGUCGGACAGAGCACAGGAAAGAAACAUUGAAGAAAUUACACAAUGCAUGAGAGAACAAAGGACUCAAAGAAGGAAAGACAC